UAUAUUAUUUUUAUUUUUGAUUAAAAAAAGUGUUAUCUUUUUUAAAUUAUUUAGGAUAAUGUGCACAAUAAUAAGAAUGAAAUAUUGUCAUUAGUCUCCGAGUUAUUAUUUAUUCCGACGAGAGAAUUUUUCAAAGUGAUAACAACAGAGUUACGUUUUGAAAUUCACUGUCAGUAUUGAAAAUCUAUAGUACAUGUAAAGUGAAUUAUAUAUUUUUAGUACUAGCAGCGUAUAUCGGAACGCCCAGAUUGCACAGAUGACAGUAGUAGUGCAAUAUAAAAUUUGUUCCAAAACUAUAAAUUUGAAAACUUUUACAAGAAAUUUUGUCAGUCAUCAUACAAGUGAGUUAUGUAUUUCUUCUAUUUUCUAACUUUGACUUUUAUUUGUGUAUUGAAUUUAAAGAGGAAUGUUUCUUGUCAGAUUAAACUAUUUGAAGUGCUUUGUUUUUUAAAAACAAAAAUUUAGAGAUAAAAAGAUGAUUACAUUGUUUUCGUAUCCUAAAUUGUUUCGUUGAAUAGCGAUAUUAUCUAAAAAUUUAUCUAGAUAAAAUUAUAUUUAAUUUUAUCUUUUAUCUAGAUAAAUUAAAAUCAAAUAACUGUCUUGUCUUAUCCAAGAUACACUUAUAUAUAAUUUAUUUCAUCUUUAUCUAAAUGCAACCCUGAAUGUGGAACUAUAGAUUUUUAAUGGAAAUGGAAUGGAGGUUACAAAUCUUCAAAACAUAUGUUAGAGGUUUUUGUGUAAUUGUGUGAGAGAUUCUGUGUGGGUAAUUGUAAUUAUAUUAUAAAUAUGAAGGAAUGAUUUAAAAGGAGAAAUUAUUAUUCUUCGUGUAUAAUAGGAAGCUGGUAGAAAUAUCACUCGCUUUGAUCGCGAGACGUACCGCGGGAGCGGGAAGAGCGCACCUCGGCAACACGUACAACGUCUCGGUGGGAUGCGAGAGCUCAUUCAGGAUCUCGCUGUGUCCUACACAUACCGGCGUUCGGCCACGACGCAAGCGUAGCCUAGUAGCCCGUGUGCGAGUCCUACUACACUAGAUUUCGCGUUUGUAGGGCAGGGUCGGAGGGGCGAAGGGGCAAGACGGGGGAGGAGGGGGAGGAGUAGUUAGGGGGUGAGAACGGCCUUUAUCGAGCGGCUUCUGCGCGAACUGCGGCCCCGACGCUGCUGCUGACGCCGAUGUUCCCGACGUUUUCACCCUCAGGGGCGGAUUACCCCCUCCGACUAUGCCGCUGGUAACUUUGCUGAACGCGUGGCCGCUGUCUUCCUGUGGUUUAGAGAAGGCAACACGAGGAGUUCCAGCUCACGUAGGUUAGACAAGGAAAUCGCUGAUCUUACAGUUAAGGAACUCCAAUUCAAGAUUCGCGCGGAGAUUCUCUUUUACUUGGUAAUUUUCGUAGAUUUACGACCCGUAAGAUUGUAAUCAAUGCUAAGGCUUAUCCAGGAUCUGUUUAGAUCUGCACCCCCCGAUGCAGAUUAUGAUAUUUUUAUAAUUUCCAGAAAAUCCCUAUACCCCAUCUCUCGCCCCGGCGUGAGAAUCUUGCGAAGACGAGGGAUUUCUUCGUCUCGAGUCAGGAUCCUGAGUCGUCUGAAUUCGGUCCUGCCGUUCCCCACCGCGUUUUACCCCUUCCCAUCGCGUCGCGACAAAUCUGUUACGAGAUUUCCACCUUCAUCCUCGCCCACCUCAUGGCAAUGAAUUUGAACGGGACGCAGAUUCCCGCGGACGGGGUGAGAACGACGACGGGUCGGGCAUUCGCGGCGUCUGCGUCGGCAUCUAUACGUAAGAGAAAGAGAAAGGGUGAGAGAGAGAGAGAGAGGAAGAGCGGGUAUGACUCCCCUUGUCUCUUAUCGCGGCCGCGGAUCCGGACGCUCGUAUCUCCAGCUCCGUGUCCGGCGCGGCGGGCGAGAUUAGCUUCCUCUCGAAGGGACAACCGGCGGAUAUGUCCCUUCCGACAUCGGGCUGAUCCAACCUGCCUGGCCAGACGUCGUUCAAUCCGCCGACAAUCGAUCGCAACAGUGCUCCGAGUUCACGAGGGCUCAAGGUGUGCGCGUCCUACCCCGAGUGUGCGACCACCCUUGCGGUCGUAGUGGAUCGUCGACGGUCCCACCCCGGCAACACACUCGUCUCGCUGGUCCUCCGUCACCCGUCUGGUCCCGACGGCGCUCCCAGGAGGAAGUGGCGUUAUAGGUGUCAGGUGCGGCAUAAUCCUGCCCCAGGACGAGUCGUGCCAUGUCGGAACUGGCGAAACGCGCAUUCGAGGCAGGCUGUUCGCGCGCGGUGAUAGGAUCUACCCCACUAUCCUGCACGUUGCUCUAGCCGCUGAUCCCCCGCCAUCCUCUCCCGUCUUGCUCCUCGUAGUCAUCGUCGCAGUCCAGUUUCCCCCACUCUGCCUGCACCCCGCCUUUUUUCUCUCUCUCUCUCCCCUUCUGUCUCUCUCUUUCUCUUUACCCUUUUCUCACCCCUCGCUGUUCGCCACCGGGAAAACCCCUUGGUGGCGUCCGCUCCUCGCGCGCUGUUCCUCGUCGAGGAGCGGGGUAGUUUUUGUACGACGCGCCCUUCCGUCGAAUCGCCGAGAAAGAGAGAGAGAGAGAGAGAGUGAGAGAGAAUGAGUGAAGGGGGAGAGGGGAGAAAUAAGAAAGAGAGGGAGAUAGGAACGCACACAAUUGCGGUGCAAUCUGCCGCAACGGUGUGUGACAGACGAGGUUGAAAGUGUAAUCGAACGAUGGAAUUAAAGAGGCGCGAUCCGCUGCGAUCGGCCACCUCGGGAAUUCCUCCUCGUGGAAGCAGUUAGGAGAAGUGCAAACGGUUUCUCGUCCAUUCCGGUUGCUCUCAGAAAGAGGCAGAGAAACAGAGAAAGAGAGAGAGAGAGAGAGAGAGAGAAAGAGAAAGAGACAGAAAGAGAGAUAGAGAGGCAGAAAGAGAGAGUGACAGAGAGGGGGAAAGGAAGAGACGAGGUAGCGUCCCGCGAGUGCAACGAGCUAAUCCGCGAUAACGGAGAGCAAUCUCUCCCAAAGGAAUUCUCCCCGGCGGCGCGUUCUUCUCGCGAUAUCAGUGUGGAACGUGAAUUGUGCAGGCCGUCACGAUCGUGGCAGGUAACUUCCUAAAGACGGCUCUAUUUCUCGCGACUUCCCGCUCUCCGUGUUGGAAAGUUGGUCGAUCGCUGCAGCUCGCGCGAACCUGAAGGUCUGCUUGAAAACGCUCGAGGCAGAACGGGCGAGACAGAAUCCGCAUGUAAAUGGAAUCCUCCCCGUCGGGAGGACGACCAUAUGGGAGUUCCUCGAUAAAGAGGCCGCGAAAAAGCGAGGCGUGAAUAUAAAUGCGCGCUCGCGCUUUGAGAAUCGAAACGUGCCUGCCGGAUGCCCCCGUUCGUUGAAACGCAGCCUCGCGUCACGCAGGCAGAUGCAGCAGCUUAUCGAAAGGCAUGAUUGCAAAUGCGAUAAGCGAAAACUCUCUCCAAAUGCGGAAGAAAAUUCAGAAUGACGUUAUGCGUGAUAAUGUUAUCGCGGGCUGGAAUAAAUCACCGAUGAUUAUCAGCGUGCUAGGGUAAUAAAUUGUCGAGGGGCGACAGCGGGAGAGGAGUAAGAAAGAGAGAGAGGAAGUGAUAAUAUUGCGAAUGCUAAAAGAGAGGAUCGAUCCGGUCGUGGUUUUCACGCGUUUCCACACUGCGUGCCGUCAACGAUACGAGCAUGUACGCGGCAGCUUAAUGGAGCCUCGGUUUAUACAAUCUCGAGGAUGCUGCUCGACAAGCAACGCCGCCGCCCCGCCGACGAGGAUCGAGUCAGAUCGUCGAGAAACAAGCUCGAGAGACUGAGGAUGACGGCGGCCGAACGAGGACUUGUGCGCGAUUCGCGCUUUUAAACAGCGACAACAUUGAGAAACGCGCUCGUCGUCGCGCUGGCAUCAUGGGGAAUGGCAUGAACAAGGUGCUUCCUGGUCUUUAUGUAGGUAAUUAUCAGGACAGCAAGGAUGCCGAUCAACUGGAGCGUUUCGAAAUCACGCAUAUCCUGGCUAUUCACGACACGGCUCGCCGUUUGCAUUCCGACAAACAUUACCUAUGCAUCUUGGCCGCCGACAGUCCCGAUCAGAACUUGUCGCAGUAUUUUUCUGUGUGCAACGACUUCAUUCAUGCCGCCCGUCUUCGCGGCGGAAACGUUCUGAUUCAUUGUCUGGCAGGAAUGUCGAGGAGCGUGACGGUAGCGGUGGCCUACAUCAUGAGUACCACCAAUCUGUCUUGGAAAGAGGCGCUCAAAGUCGUUAGGGUCGGUCGUUCCAUUGCAAAUCCGAAUGUCGGUUUUCAACAGCAGCUCAAGGACUUCGAGUCUAGCCGUUUACAAGAUGAGCGUAAUAGACUGAAAGAGCGAUUCCCCAGUCUCGCUCUCUCCGAGUCCGACGCUGAGAUUUGCAGGUCCACCCUGAGGAAUUACGAGACACUGGCCUUGGCGAAAGAGGUGUGCGAGGGUAAAUGCGCCAUGGGACGUACUUGUCCGACCGGACUUUGCCGUCAAGCAACUUCUAAGAGGACCAGAAGGAAGUCAUCCACCAGUAGUAUCGGAAGUGUUUCGUCCGGCAGGACACCUCCGCAAACACCCAGGAUGCUACCGUCCGCGCCACCCUCUCCGGCUUUACACAGAUCAUCCAGCGUUGUGUCCCCGUCAAGACCGAGGAGUGGACCGGCAGGACUGCACACUUACACUGGAGGAUCCGCUCCGCCUUCUAGGGCUGUGUCGAGGGUGGAUCUUUCGGCGGCGAUCGCUUGCAGCAGCAGCAGCAGCAGUAGCACCAGUCUCUCCGCCGUGGGCAGAUCGAGCGUGUUCUCCAGCAGCAAUUGGCGACUGACCGCCGGUUCCGCACCAAACACACCGAGAACGACGCCGCCGGUUUCGCCGCAGCGCUGGCCAAGGCGGCUCUCGAACCGGCAGACGCCGCAGUUGCCAGUACCACCGGAAUCCCACCCCUCGUUGACGUAGCAUCGGGAGUCGCGCGGUUCUCUGUCGAGCCUGUUGGAAUAAUGAACCAAAGGGGAUCGGCGAACCGCUCGAGAAUCUUAUAACCAAUAUUACCGUGCUCGUCACCGUCGGCGGACUAAAUUAUGAUUUUACUAUCAUUUAUCGGUGUUGGAUGCGGGUUCAGUGCGGAUGAGUCCCGGGAGGAAACUUCCGGUAAAAGAGAAGGAAAGGGUUUCGACAAAGGAAAUGAGGGAUCUUCGUUCCGCAAACCUGUUCCAUUAAUUUCGUUCGCAACCGUCCAUACGUAUUGUUGGCUUUCUAGCGAGAUCGCACUGUUUUACCACAAGUUGUUGAUGAAGAAGAGAGAAAUACAUAUACUAUAUAUAUAUAUAUAUACACACACAGACACACAUAUGCAUACAUACACAUGUUGGAAACAUACACGUACCUUGUUGCGCGAAGGGCUUUCAGAGAAUUUUAUAUAAACGCGCCGGUGAUGGCAAUUAUAUUAUUACAUACAGUAAGUGAAGUAGGCAUUAGGCAAAAACUGUUGUUGUUGUCUCGCCAGCACGAGCACCAGUCGAGUUUACGAAUGAAUCGAGAUUUAAGAUAACGUCGCUUCGAUCUCCCUCGGUAUUACAAUAUUACCCUAGUACGUACGAUAAAGUAAUGUAUAAUAGAUCAUUUUUUAAUCGUCCCUACGCAUCGCGGCGAAUUAUUCGAUGUGCAAGCAAUCGUCACACACCAUCCGAUCAUAUCAGACGCGUACUUUUUGCGCUAUUAGUCGUGUACAUUCGCUGAAGAAACGCGUAUUCUGUUUCGCGAACAGAGUUGAAUUUAUAUUUUAUAGAGAAGUUCUCUCUCACAAAUUUUCAAGCUAUUUUUUUAAUUGAAAGAUAUUAAUAAAAGCUAAUUUUGUCCUGCUGUAUAUAGAAAGAACGAGGACACAAAUUAUUAUUUAACUUUAACAGCAAACUUUUAAGAUCACUAUAUUACGUCAAAUUCAAAUUUUAUUGAAUUAGGUAAAGAUAGAUUCGUAGUUAUCUACGAAAUAACCGAAGAGAAAGCAAUAUUUUUCCAAGAAAUAUUAUAAUAUAUAUAUAUAUAGCGUCCUUCUAUCAUUGUACAAUACUUUAAUCGCGUGUAUUCUGGAGAAUAGAAAAUCUUAGUAUUAAAAUGUCAAGGUCACAAUAAUUUUCGAGUUAUAAGCCAAGUUGACUAAUGGUACCGUGCAACAUUCGCACGCUUAGGUCGAUGUGUAUUGAUCCGUCAUCUAUUACUCAUUUUCACGUGAUAUUGAUUUUUGCUGCUUAAUUGAUUCCAUCUUUAAUUUCUCACAUACAGAUAUUACGUAUACAUUUAUACAUAUUUUGAAAUGCAAGGAAUAGAACAUUCGGUAUUUAUUUUAUAACACGCUGAAUUAAGCUUCCUCAAACUCGUACGGGUCGUGAUUUUUGUUUCAAACUGUAAGCAUUCGUGAUCGCUAUCUAUAUAGAGGAUAUGAAAAAGCAAGGAGAGGAAAAUAACUUGAUAACUCUUUUUAUAUACGAUUUUAUUUAUAUUACUGUACUCGUGCUUUUUAAUUUUUCAUUGGCUAUAAUUUUAUAAAUCUAUUUUUCAAAAUGCAAGUUAUGAAGGUAUGAAAAAUACGCUUAGCUUCCAUUUUUUUAUUGAUUUAUCUCCGAUUUAUCUCCGCAGCGAAGCGAAUUAUUUUCGCUUUAUGCACAGCGUUUAAUAAUUCUAGUUCAUUUCGAAAUUCGAUUUUGAUUUCUACCAUCUCGCUGAAAAAUUUUCCGUGACCCGUAAAAAAAUGCUUUGCGACGACUCCGCUAUAGUGGGUCGCGACCAAUGCAUUGGAAAUUUCUGCGUUAAAUAUUUCGGGUCGGCAAAAAUUCUGUUUACACAUGUGUAAUAUAUAUAAUAGUCGUUGACACACCAUGAUAGCGCACGGUGCUCGCUUUUUGCGUGCCGCUGCGAAUGUACAUAAAGUCGCAAAUCGUGUUGCCACGUGGCAAAACUCGGUCGGAUGCGCGCCACCGUGUUAUUCCACGAAAUACAAAUUGCGACAUUUGCUGGACGUCGCCAGCUAGGCGAUUUAUCCUCUAUAAACGAUUAUUAGAAAUCGCGAUUAAUUUCGGCGCGAUUAUCGACCCGCAAGCGGCGCCGCGAUUAUUUAUUGAAGCAGUCCAGCAAACACCGAAUAUAACAUAGAUGUCAUAUAACGUGUACAUGUUAUAUCCAUGCAUGUGUUAUGUCAGCAUUACAUCUAUGUUAUAUUCGAUAUUUGCUGGGAGAUGUAUUUAUCCAUCUAGACGCUAUAUUUCGCAUCGAGUGGAAUUUGUCGAUUUUAAUAUUACUCGACAAGCUAUUUCUUUUACGCUGAUGACGCAAAUUGCCGGAUUGUUACAUCAUUAGUGCACUUGUAAUAUAAUAGUGUGCAAAUCACUAGAUCGAAUAAUUUAAUUAACAGUAGGACUUGAUGAAUUGACCAUCCAUCAAUAAUGUGUUUUGCACGAAUAAUGCAUGCACUACUGAAUUUUGACGGUUUAUUAUCCAACAUACGUCAUGUCUCUCUCGAUUUAUUUAUCAUUCGAAAUAAUCGCUUUGCAACACGUGCACAUGCUAUUCGUCGUUCGAAAAGCACGGAAAGUGUACGAAAGCUAAAAGCAAUAUUUUCAAUAUUGCAGUCCUCUUUCCUCGCGGUUUUUUCGUCGCAAUGUAAUAAAGUACGCGUCGCAUGCAGUUAGCGUUAGAAAUUUCGCCUUAAUUGCCGCAGGGUCGUUAUUUUCUGGUGAUUAGUGCGCGCGCGAUUGUAUAAUUAACUGUAUCUUCGCGAAUUGAAGUUGUGUGAGUGGCGACGAAGAAGCGGGGAAGAAAUAGGGAAAAGAGAGGGAAAAGGCCUUGGAGGCAUCGAGCGACGGUUAAGUAUCUAGGGUGAGUACAUUUUUAUUUGUGAAAUUAAUUAAUUAUUUCUGUUUAUCUGGCCGGUUUGUUUACGUGAGAAUUUCCAGACUUUUAUUCUAUAAAGAUUCAUAUUUAAAAUAUUUUUUUGACUUUUUCGACAAUAUGUAAUUACUUGUUUAUUAAAUAUUUAAUUGAAAAACUGUUAAAAGAAAUAAAGUGUGCGCAAUAUAAUUAUUUCUCGAGAUUUGAAUUACUUUGAACUGUGCCGCGGUAAUUUGGACUUUUCGCUUGUAUUUUGCAGGUGUUCAGUUACGUCGCUACGCACCGUAUCGGUAAGUAUUAAAUUACCUUCUAUUUUAAUCUGGUAAUGGAUCUGUGAAUAUUACGGAUAGAUACAACAGCUCACAGAUUUAUCGCUCUGGGCUAGGACAGAUUAAUACAAAUAUUUAAUCGUGCGAAAUGUGUAACUGUCCACCGACCUAUUAUGCAUUUAAAAAUACACCCAUACAAAACUCACAGAAUACAGCUUGUUGUUAUUAUCGAUACAUUAUUACCGUUUCAGUCAUUUACUGGCUCAUUUCGGUGUCACAUUAAAUAAUGCAAUAUCAAUUACAAAGUGCCACACUGCUUCGAAACUUUUAAGAAACUUUAUACUCGUGUAAGCAAAAAUAGGUAGAAAAUAUCUAUUAUAAAAGAGUUUCCACAGAGCAACAGUUUGAUAAAAAAAAAAAAAAAAAAAAAAAAAAAAAGAGAGAGAGAGAGAGAGAUGCUGUAUUUUCUGUAGCAGAAAAUAAAACUGAUUUUAUUUCUUUUUUGUAGUGUUAUCACAAGGAGGGUGAGGACGGAAGAAGACUUUUUUUUUAAAAUUAUAUAUACAUACGUGUUUCUAUAAUUACAUAUAUUUUGUUGUAUAUACGCAAUCGUGUGUGUAUGCAUAAUAAAAAUAAAUUUAUCUAUAAAACAUGGACGGAGGAAGUUUUUAAUGUAAUAUUUACCUGCAUUAAUAUAUAUCUUGUUUUCCUUUCCUACAUAUUUUAAAAAUAUUUAAUAGAGGUCUACGUUUGAUUUUUCUAUUUAUAUGUGUACAUAUAAUAUUUACCUACAUUAAUGUAUUUCUUCUUUUCUUUCUCUCACAUAUUUUAAAAAUAAAAUUUGAUGGAUGUUUGCGUUUUAUUUUAUACACAUACAUAAUAUAUUUUUUCCGAUUAAGUAAAUUAUAAUUUUAUGAUAAUUGUGUAAAGAAUAAAUUUCAGACGUUUGUUCUGUACAUAACGAGCACAAAGGAAUAGUAUGUUAUAGUCAAAUGCAGAUUUUAAUUAAUUUAUUUAAUGGAAGAAUUAUUAAUAAUUAUUAAUUGUACACUGUAAUGUGCUAAUUUUAUUUUAAUCUUUCAAUAGCCUAUUCAUAUCCAUAUUGAUAUAUCAACGUCAAAUCACUUGGAAUAAAACAGAAGACAUAAUGUUCAAUAAUUGUUUCAGAAUAAAACUUUUAUAUAGAUUAAUUUAGAAUUUAUGAGAGUCAAUCGAUGUAAAUGUAUCGUAUUAAAAUAAUUUUUAAUGCAUCAGAUAUUGAAUAAUUCUGCUAACAUUUUGACAAUUUAUUAAAUAACAUUUAUUUAAUAGGCUGUCAAUUUCAAUGAAAACUAAAAAAUUUGUUUUAUUUUUUUUAUAUUUUCCAAGUAAUUAUUUUAAAAGUAUUAAAAUGAAUAUUGGAUAUUUAAAUGGACCAUUAAUAUCACCACUAUUAGUGCAAAAAUUUUAUUUUAAAAAUAUUGAAAAUAUUGAUAUGUCAUAUGAAAUAAAUGGAAAAUGAUAGACGAGACAUAAGUGAAUAAUUCGCGAACAUAUAAAUUUUAUGCAGGUAUAUUUAUAUUUGCAAUAAAAGUACUUAAUAUUAGCGCCGAGAAAAAAGGAUUUUAAAAGUGAUUUGAUGUGCGAUUAGUUAGGAGAUUUGAGUAUUGUAAAUUGAGUUAUGAGAUUUUUUUUGAGUAUUGUAAAUCGCCUUGUAUUUAUCAGUACUUAGCAAUAAAUAUAAACAAUAGAAGAGAACAGAUUGAUACGUAUACAGGUGACUUUGAAAUAUUUUUUCACUCUAACUAAUCUCUAAAAUGCGCUAUUAAAAUAUUAUAGGAUAAAUAUCAGACACUCUGUGCAUUAGGAAUAAAAUAGAAGUAAAACUAAUUGCGUAGAAAGAGAAUUAACUAAGAUCUCCGAAAACAUAUGCGCGCGUAGGAUUAAAUAAUUUCUUUAUCUACAUACUAGAUGAAUAAUUAAAUGCAACUCUGUUCGUGAACGAGUCAGGAAAAGGGCGAAUUCUUAUCGAAUUGUUUUGUAUAGGUCACAGUGCUGGGGAAAAUAAUUGAAAUAGAAAAUAGUAAUAGAAAUAUUUAUUAAAAAAAAAUAAAAAAAAAUACUAUUUGAAAUAUAUAUUUUAUGUGUAGUAAAUACAAAAAAGUUAAUUGUGUAUUUAACAUACAUAUAUAUUUACUUAAAAUAUAAUCAAAUAUUCAGUUUACAUUUCGAUAUGUCAUAGAUAAAUGAUUUUUUCAAUAUUUUCAAUUUUUUUAUUUUAUUUUGAAUUGUUUAUUUUCUGUUUUCUAUUUUUUCUGUUUUUUAAGAUUACAAAAACAGAAAAUAGCAAAUAAACAAUAAAAAAUGGAGAAAACUGAUUUAUUCACAACAUAUUAUUUAUUCAUGAAAUAUAAAAGAAAUAUCUCGUUUGAAGUAAAUAUGUAUAUAUAAAUGUCAAAUACUGUUUGCUCUUAUACAUUUACUACACAAAAUACUUAUUUCAAAUAGUACUUGUUAUCGAUACAUCCUUUAAAUAAAUAUUUAAGUUCAAUUUUUCCCCGACACUGAUAGAUCAGAAGAAAUUGGCAUAACGCGAACAUGUUACGAGCGUUCCUUGCAAACGCACAAUUGGAUAUGAGUAUUCGUUUUACGAGAAAGUUAUGGUAUGCCAUGGAAAAUAGGGUAAUUCCAAGUUUAACGUCACAGCGUCACGAUAUUUGCCGUUGAGAUCGCAUCCGUGAAACAUCUGCGCCACGUGUCUGGCUUUAAUGUCGAGCCUAUCUUGACGUGAGAUAUCAGCGGUACGAUGGCGAUCGUAAAUUCACCCGUAUUCGCACGCGUUCGUUCGAUGUUCUCGAUGAAAAAGAAAAGAGAAGCGCGCUAAUUAGUCCGCCAUCAUGCUGCAUCUUAAAUAUGGCCGUUGAUCGGCCAUUGCGCCGUCGUCCGAGCGCGAGCGAGGGCGAUCGAGGAUGCGUUCAUACAUAUCAUCCAGCAUUUAAAUUCACACACAUACAUAUAUAUACAUAUAUAUACGCGUGCACAAGCGCACACAUGUAUAUUUUUUAAGGUAUACGAGAGGAUCGAUGUAUUCGGGCGGAGAGCUGGCGAUAUCAGCCGUAAAGAAUUUAAAUCUAUGCAUUUAGCGUGCGUCCCGGUCCCACGGGGCGAACAGGUCAUCCCUUCCCGCCUCGACGGAGGCGAUUAAUUUUUCACUAGGAUUUUCAUUUACCCGCAAUCCUCUCCGUUGUUUCCCCUGCUAGUCGUACAAUGUGGUCCAAGUGGAAUCGAGAAUACAAAUCUGUGAUCGUUAUACUUUUGGAGGACCUACGAAGACCUACGAUUCGCCCCCUGCGACUCGGACCCACAUACUUUCUAUAGGCGACGUAUGUAGAUGGUUCUACUUUUUUACAGCGUCAAUAUUAACAAUCACAUGUAGAUAGGUAGGUAGGUAAGUAGAUAGGUAGGUAGGUAGAUAGGUAGGUAGGUAGGUAGAGAUAGAGACACCCUGAGCAUCGAGAGUGGUAUCGAUACCGAGAAAGCGAAGUAUCGGUAGCUUAUCGAUUUCAAGCAUCGCUAAAACGGUAGCUAAGCCCCCGACGUAUAACGUGCAAUUGAGGCCGAUAUAAGCGAAGAACGACGCGAGAAACGCGGUGAAAAGAAUCGCGCCGGACGAACUAUACGGCACACAGUGAUGACUGAAGGUGAAACUUAACGAUCUUUCAGUUAUUGCGGUGGAUCGAGCAAAUACGAUGUAUUAUUAAAAGAAGCCAUUUAUGUCAGGCGACGAUCCGGGUUAGCGUAGCUGCUACUGUCCGAUGUCGAUACGGGUGACAGAUAUUUUAUUACCUCAUUUUAUUCCAUUCGAAUUUGCGACGCUGUGAGGAGACAUCGCGAACGUACUUCGAGAAAGAUUUCCAGAUACUUUGAGCGCUCUAAAAAAUAUUUUUUAUCACAAAUAUCUUCACCAAGUAUACGGCAUUAUAAACUCUAGAACGGUGUCGCACGUCAAUUUAACGUCACGUAUACAAACUCACGCAUAUUCUAUCCCCAUCAUCGAUGUUCGUCCGUAUAAAAUGAUCUAGAUGAAUAUCUCUAGAUAAGGAAACGGCUUUAUCUAGAAAAUCUAGAUUAUUAGAAUGAAUAUUAUCUACCUCUUUAUCUUAGAUAGAAGAAGUGCUAUCCUUUCCAAAUUAUUUAAAGUAAUGUGAACAACAAAUGCGAAGGUAUUGUCCUUGACUUUAACUUUCAAAUUAUCGCCAUUUAUUCUAACAGGAACCUUUUUCAAGUGAUAACAGAUUGCAUAAAUCAGAAAAUAGCGCGACGUAAAAAUUAUUGUAAGAUUCGUUUCCUAGAUCUACAAUGUAGAUUGACUUUGUUCUCACUUUAACCUAUUCUUUACUUUUUUCUAGUUCUACGUGAAACUUGGAAAGAGAUAAAGAGUAAGUUAAAUCGAGGUCAAAGUUAAUCUGCAUAGAUGGGAUGGACACACAGCAGCGCUCGAAAGUAAUUUGUAGGGAACAUUUCAGUUGACAACGUUGGCAAAUGGUAGUAAGUGAUUUAAAUCAGAGUCCUCCAAAUGUUUGAGAAGUUUAUUUUGUCAGAGAGAAAAGAUGUUAAAAUAUAUGAUUUUUAACUGACUAAUAAGUUUAAUUUACUUGAAAAUCAGGAAUUUUAAAAUCUACAAAAUACUUUCGAGCGCUACUAUUAGUCAUUAUAAUACGUAAGUUUAUACAAUAUGUAUUUCCUUUAUAUUUUUCAACUUUGAUUUUUAUUUGCGUAUUGGUCCAAAUCAAGGAGGAACAUUUUUUUGUCAAAUUGAAUUGUGAGAAAAAUUUUUGUUUUUAAGAAAUAAAAAUAUGAAUACUCUGUUCUUAUUAUUAUAAAUUGUUUUACAUAACAGCGACGUUAUCUAGAGGUUACCGAGAUGAAACGAUAUAUAUUGUUAUCUUUUCUUUUGAUAAAUUAAGAAUUAAGUCAUCUUUAUCUAAAAAAAAAAUAAUAAGAAAUAAUUAAUAGGUAAAGAACCAAGCUAAUUGUUCGCGCCAUCAAAUUUUUAUUCUAAUAUGACAUCAAUACAACCUUAACAGCACAUGAUAUCGAACGAAUAUUGUAAUAUUUUACAAAUAUUUACAAUUAUACGCACGAUAUUGUACGAUAUUUAAAAUAUUCUAGAAUAUUCAUACGAUAUCUUGUGUUAUUAGAGACUGUAUCAUUUAGACUAAUAACAUUAUCAAAUCGUUUCGGAUUGACAUCAAGCCAUCCUCUAUAGUUUCGAACAGGUUCGGAUUGUAAAUCUUUAGCUUUUCUAAGAUACAUAAUUUAUCUCAUCUUUAUUUUUAUAAUUCUAAGUUAUCUAAGCGCAUCACUGCCCUGAAUCCACCUUAAUUCUACGCUACACUGUGUUACGAGGAAAUAUUGUUGUUACGAGGAAACAGGGUUGUGCAUACUCUAUAUUGUUUUAAGAUUGAAUUGAUAAUGCACUUUAGUCUUUCUAUCCUUUUAAGUUAAUAUUUAGAUUAAUUGUGUUUAUAAAGGUCUAGAUUGGAAAUAUUUUGUUAAUAAAAUAUAUGAGACAAUCUUGUAGCAUUAAUUAAAAUUGGCCCAUUUCCUCAUGCGUAAAAUUUACAUAUCAAUAGCGAUACUGUAUUAUUCAAUAUACCGAUGCCGUUCUGGGGUUAACACUACCGCAUAUCGUAGCUAUAUAGAUUAAAUAUAAAAACGCUGGCUCGGUUACGUCGGGCCGAAAUCGCAAUCAGCACUUUAACCCACCUGGUCAUUACUGGCGCCGCGUUAUAGUCGCAUAGCGUCGCGCCACCACCGCCGGCUCGCCGCCGGCGCGGCGUUGCAUGUGCAAUCGUGAUUUUCUAGCAAUAAGCGAAGAUUAUCGAAGCCCGCGAGCCGGCAAAUCGCGCGAGAAGAUCGCGGGACGCCGCCGGUUAUCGCUCGUAGAUGUUAGCGAGCAAGCUUGAACGUUAAUACACUGCUGCGAAUUGUGGAUCGUGCGAUUCGUCCGCGCGCGCUGUCGCGCGUUCAUACUCUUGUCGUAUCUUAGAGAUCCAUUAGAAGCUCACGAUAUUUAUUUUUUUAUAAUACCAGUGACGGUCGUCCACUUGAUUAGGCGAUUCGAUUGCGACGAGGGAACCGCGUGAGGAGAUGGAGGAGGAGGAGGAGGAGGUGCUGCGACAAAUUGGAUUGGCAUCGGUUGGAACGCGGAUGUUCGAGAAGUUGAACCUCGUACGUUCUCGUCAGCCUAUAGCUGCAUGUCGGCGAGAGCGAGAUAAAUCGUAACGAUAAGCUGUUGUAUCGCGAAAUUUACUGUUGCACCGACAAUGUUAAUUUAAGGCCCAGCCAUGUGAUAUUUUUGUAAGCUGCAGAAAGAAACGUUUUUGGUUCACGCUGAAA